AUGGACAAUCUUGCCUUUAAAUUGACGGGACUUGCGGGCUGGAAACUGCAAUGCGAAUCUCAACUCAUAGACCCGGAUUUGCCCAAGCUCAUUGGCCAUUUUGCAGUGUAUCAGAAUGCGGUACACUAUGUGGAAGGACACGAUCACAACAGACUUGAAGAUUGCACAUUGGACCCGGAUACUGGUCAAGGAGAGGUGCAAGACAUCGACGUCGACUGGACCAGCGAUGAAGAAUACCAACAACAUCCAUUUUCCGGGUUCCUGAGCCAUCCCGAAAUAUCUUACCAACAAGAAGAAUGCCCAUCAGGAAUUCGCCAGUUGGUGGUGGUAUCGGAAAACGAGAUCGCGGAGGAGAAUCAGGAAGAGGAAAGUGACCCAUUCUCAGACGACGAGGGUUAUUCUAGCUAUGAAGAAGGAGACGAAAAACACGAAGACAAUUGGAGUGACUCCAGUGUCGAAGAAGAUGCCGAGAUGGAGGAGCUCCAGGCCUCUUCCGAGCCUAAGCACCUACACGGAUCAAUACCUAUACCUACACCUCACAUCUGA